ACACAUGCAAAGUUGUUGAUGUGAUAAAGUUGUCGUAAAACAUCCAUUUCAAACAACGGACACGCUUUCUUUACGUGAUUACAAAGGGAGCAGAGGACGUGGAGAUCACGUGACACUGGAGGAGAGCUAGUAAGCGGAAACGUGAGUGUGCAGAACAGCUGCCCGUCUCUACUCCUCAAAUACGCUGUGUACACUCGCUCUCAUGUGGAUGUGAACACAAAUAGUGUCUAACAGCAAAGAGAUGUGUGAUGAAAGCCAGUCCUAAAGAAAGGCAAAGAUAAUCAGUUACUAUGAGCAGUGAGCUGAAUGUGCCAAUGGGCUCUCCAGCUCCUGGAUGCUCUGAUAGGCUGCAGGAUGGUGGUGGAAUGGACUACAGAGAUUGGGUUCGUCGCAGCUAUCUGGAGCUGGUCACGUCCAACCACCACUCUGUCCAGGCGCUUUCAUGGAGAAAACUCUACCUUAGCAGGGCCAAACUCAAAGCCUCAAGUCGAACCUCGGCCUUGCUGUCUGGCUUUGCAAUGGUGGCCAUGGUAGAGGUGCAGCUGGAAAUGCAGUACAACUACCCGCGCUUCCUUCUCAUUGCUUUCAGCGUCUGUACCACAGUACUGGUGGCCGUCCACCUCUUCGCUCUCCUCAUCAGUACCUGCAUCCUGCCCAACGUCGAAGCUGUCAGCAACAUUCACAAUCUCAACUCCGUCUCCGAAUCUCCCCACGAAAGGAUGCACCACUAUAUCGAGCUUGCCUGGGGCUUUUCCACCGCCUUGGGAAUUCUUUUGUUCCUGGCGGAAGUGGUGCUUCUCUGCUGGAUCAAAUUCCUGCCGGUUGACUCUGGGGCGCAGUCCGCAUCGGUUCUCGCAGCCCUGAAGCAGAACGUUAGCACCCCCGCGGUUCAGCCGGGGCACAGCGGGUUUCAUGCGGCCUUGGCUUCCACCAUCAUCAUGGUGCCGGUCGGAUUUAUCUUUGUGGUGUUCACCAUCCACUUCUACCGCUCGCUGGUACGCCACAAAACCGAGCGGCACCAUCAAGAGAUCGAGGAACUGCACAAGAUCAAGGUGCAACUGGAUGGCCACGAGCGAGGCUUGCAAGUAGUUUGAGAUCCAGGGAUGCUCUGUUUUUUGCUGCAUUCCAUCGCUUGACAAUUGAAGCUUUCAAGCACAUCAAUAUCUAUUCCUUUUUUGGGCAUAUUUUCUAUUUUUACUUUGGAGAGGACGUGCCAUUUUGCCUGCUGGAAGGAUCACUCGUUUAAAAACUGCAAAAGCUUUACAGAAACAAAAGAGGAAAGUUUACAAGAUGUCAACAGCAAAGGGCUAUUUAUUUAUAUUUCUUUAGGCUAUAGGUCAUUUCAUGUGCCAUUUUCUGUUUUCUGCCUUUAGUAAGGAAAAGGAAUGUCAUGUGGUUGCUUGCUUUACCAUCAUUUGCCUGUGUUCAUUAGAGUUUUGCAAUGCAAACCUGGAUCGAAAGUGUGCCAAAUGAAUUGGUCUUUAAGGAUCAAAGUUUCAAGAGUCACUGCCAGAGUAUCUUAAACUAAAAUAUCCAGCUUUUAUACAUGCCUGUAUGAGCUUCAGAUUUUAUUCAAAAAGAUAAAUGCACAACUUACAAUUGUACUUUGUCUCUGUUUAACAGAGGAACUCUCAUUGUGUCAUCUUUGCAGAACUGUUGUCCAUAUAUUUUCCUCAAAAACUACAUAAUAUCAUUAUAAGCAGUUUCAUAUGGCACAACUGCUGCUUAUGCUAGGCCUAUAUGUAGUGCUGUAAUUUGGAUCGGUCGUGAAAUCUAGUUUAGCUUUGUGUACACUUCUAUUUCAUGAAAGGUUUCACUUUCGCACGUCACUUGUCAAGCACAAAAGAGUUGUCCAUAUUUUACACUAUGAAUGUUAUUCCUGUGUGCUACUGAACAUUUGCACUGUUGAUGGCAAUAACAACAUUAUUUGCUUGAAGAAAAUGAAUGGGCACAAUUACAAACUGCUUGAAUGAAGUAAAAGAAGAGCAUUACAGGCCAAGCCAAAACUGUGUAGUACAGCAUGAGUUGGAAUCUCAAAACGAUGUUGGUCAAGUUAAAAAGAGGAAAACAUUCCAAGGGGACAAGAAGUAGGACCAAUUUCUGCCUGCCUUAAAUGGCUGAAUUGACAAAGCAAGUGCACUUGUAGGAUAGUCCACAACUUGUUCUGUUUGCUUUUCGAUAUGUAGACCCUAUGUAUAGGUAUUUCACAAUGCAAUGUUAACUUACAGACUUUGUUCAGUGCUUCGUUUCAUGCCUUAUCACAAACAUAAUGUCAAACGCAUUAAUACAAUGUUAAAGUCAUUGAGUUGACUGUGUAAUGAAGCAUUUUGAAGCAUUACAAAGCAUUUCUUCUGUUACAACUGCACCUGCAAUGCGUGAAUGCUCAAACAAGGAAACGCUGACCAUAGUAACUUCUGUACUCUACUUGUGAGCUUUUUAAAGCACUUUGCUCUUGUGUGUGUGAAAAUACUUUGGUCAUUUUUGAGAUAUCUGUUGCAUUGUGCCACAGAUGCAGUGUGAAAGCUGUCCGGAAAAUAUAGCUAACUAUUAUAGAAGUGUUUUGUUGAGUAGCAUGUUAUUUCACACUUUGUCAGUACUUGUAUGUUAAUUUAUGUUAAAUAAACAUAACCUAUUUUGUUUACUUUAAAUAUGUUUGCAUAUACAGUAUUAAUAGGGAGAAAUUGAGCACCUAGGUGCUGGAACCCUGUUGUAUACUUGUUUUUGUAUUUAGAGUCCCACUGCUUUCGAUAAUUUUAUCACUUAAAGGUGCAGUGAACUAGGACCACAAUUUUAACCCAAGCUUUUGUUAUAUAAGAGGGAAUCGUAUUCAAGCGAACAUCCUGUAAGUGUCAGAAUGAAAACACCCUUGUUACUGAAAUAACAACUGUUAUUGACACGAGGCUCAGCGAACGGCAGGUCCUGGAAUGCACCUAUCAUAGAUAGGUUGAACACAGCCUCCACAGAAGAAUAUCAACGCCUACUUCUCGAGCCCUGCCCAAUGGUUCGCGCAUGACAGUACUGAACACAAGCUGCACGGAACCAGAUAGAGCGAGUGUAAGCAUCAUGCAGUUAAAGAUCGCAAAAUAUUGUGCAGUGCCUGGUUGUGGAAGAACACAGUCGCUGCAUAACCUUCCUUCGGAUUCCGACAGUAGGAAUGCGUGGUUGAAGUUCAUUUUUAAAGACGUUCCAGCUCACGUGGGGAAAACAUUGAGCGUUUGUUCGCUUCAUUUCAACGCGGAGUACCUUGAACAAGUCUUUGCGGAGAGACUAAAAUUAAAAAGCAGUGCUGUGCCGUCAAUAUUGGAUCCGAUAGGAAUGGCGUAGCAAUCUUAUGUGAGUAAAACAUAUUUGUAUAUGCGUCACUAUUGCUUCGUUAGAGAUCGCUUGAUAUGCCCUGAUAGUAUUACCUGGAGACCUCUAGUCAUUUGUAAUAAUUGUAAUCGGGCUCAUGUAUCAUUUUUCAAGGUUUUAUCCACCGUUUGCGAAUAAUGGAGGCUGUUUUGAAGUGUUUUGAUAUUAUUUCUGGUGCUGGGUCAUUUUGGCCGGGAGUCUACCGUUUGUUUAUUUAUCAUGAAAACUAUAACAUUUGAACAUACGCAAAGCCUUGCCAUCACAUCCGGAAAUAAGUCCGUAAAUUUGAGUAAAAUCAAGUUACGUAACGUUACGUGUCUAACCAAUUUCACAGAAGGCUCCAACUAAGUCAACUACGCAAGCUGCUAUCCAAUCAUAGCAGUGGGCAUUUACUUCCAAGUCUUCUAUGCGGCCCGCCCUUAAAAACCGAGCGUUUCUCCAGCCGGCCUCAAAAUCAGGGUAGAAAAUAGCCUAUUACUUAUUAAUUUUGAUGUUUUCAAAUGUAAAAACCACGCAAACGUCAUAAGUAGACAUCAAACAAUAGUAUAAAACAAUAAAAACGGCCAGUUCACUGCACCUUUAAAACUCACCUUUAAGCAUUAAAAUAGCAUUAAAAGUUAUAAAAGUUUUUUCCUGUGACUAAUUUCUUCAUGCCUUAAAAUGAAUGUAACUCUACACCCUUGCUCAUUUAGUAUACACAGAUUUGUGAAUAUGCAAAUUAGUCCCUGCCCCCAUUCAAUUGCGUGAGCUCGGACCAUUGAUGAUAAAUCAAACCCGAAUCGAAAAUGUCUGGGCCAUAUUUUCCCUAAUAAGCAAAAAAGCAUUACUACCAUGAAAAAAAUAUUGUACUUUUUUAUUUUACUUAACGUACUUGAAUUAUUUUAUUUAAGAAAAAUGACUUUAGUACAAUAAAAAUACUCAUGAUUGAGGAUCUUGAUGAGAAUUACCUUACAAAAUGACUGAAAUGAAAGUAAAAUGUCCAGAUCCAUCACAGCAUUGAUUUAGGCUAAAAUGUGUUUAUGAAACCACAAAAAUAUAUUUUUAAGCUUUUUAUUUUGUUGUUAAAUAACCCACGUUUUAAAUUAACGCAGUAGUGCUCUUGUUAAAACUAGGGAAUGGUUGGGUUUCACAGCUGUGACUGGCAGGCACACAUGAAUUGAGGCUACAGCUGGGAAUAAAUUGACACUGUGACUAAAAAGGGCCCUUUCAAGCCAAAGCAUGAAGUGGUUCUUGUUUAGAUUUAUCUCUUGCUAUAUUUUGGCAUUGGCUUGUAUAAAUCAAUUGCUAUAUUU